AUGGCUACUCCUCAGCGAGAAACUAUACAAAAACAAAUCCAACAGGAUUGGGCGAACAGAGAGUACAUAGAAGUUAUAACAGGAAGUAUCAAAAAAAUAACAGAUUUCCUCAAUUCCUUUGACAUGUCCUGCAGAUCGCGCUUGGCCACUUUAAACGAAAAGUUGACUUCCUUGGAAAGGAAAAUUGAUUACUUGGAGGCUUGUGUGAGUAUAACUUACUUUAAAUUUGAUAAUAAGUUAAUCAUCUUUAUAUAUAUUUACACAUAG